UCCCCAGCCUCGAUGGUGCUGCUGUGGUGCGCGGCCAUAUUGUCUCUGAUACAGCAGAAAUCACAUAGGCCGGCGUGUUAGCGGCGAGGUGUGCUAUCUGUUACCACUAAUGUCUUGUUUAGGGGGAUCUCAUUCCUUCGAUUUAUAAAGGGUACCACAUACCCAUUGCUCUCUCCAAGUCCAAUAUUCUGUUGGAAAUAACAACUUCAUCCCGUCAUCUCCCCCUCUCACCUUUUAACUUCCACCACCACCUCUGCCAAGCUGUCGGACAUGUCAGGACCCGUGCCAAGCCGGGCUCGGGUGUACACUGAGGUUAACACUCACCGGCCUAGGGAGUACUGGGACUAUGAAUCACAUGUGGUUGAAUGGGGAAAUCAGGAUGACUUUCAGUUGGUUCGCAAACUUGGUCGUGGCAAAUACAGUGAAGUAUUUGAGGCUAUUAACAUCACUAACAAUGAGAAAGUGGUGGUGAAGAUAUUAAAGCCAGUGAAAAAAAAGAAAAUCAAACGAGAGAUCAAGAUUUUGGAGAAUCUCCGAGGAGGUCCUAAUAUAAUAUCUAUCAUUGAUAUUGUAAAAGAUCCUGUUUCACGAACCCCAGCUUUGGUCUUCGAACAUGUAAAUAACACCGACUUCAAGCAAUUGUACCAGACGUUGACAGAUUAUGACAUCCGGUUUUACAUGUAUGAGAUACUCAAAGCCUUGGACUACUGUCACAGCAUGGGAAUCAUGCACAGAGAUGUAAAGCCACAUAACGUUAUGAUUGAUCAUGAACACAGGAAGUUGCGUCUUAUUGAUUGGGGGUUGGCAGAGUUUUACCACCCGGGACAGGAGUACAAUGUCAGAGUCGCCUCCCGCUAUUUUAAAGGACCAGAACUCCUAGUUGACUAUCAGAUGUACGACUACAGUCUGGACAUGUGGAGCUUGGGUUGUAUGUUGGCCAGCAUGAUCUUCAGGAAAGAGCCCUUUUUCCAUGGCCAUGACAAUUAUGACCAGUUGGUAAGAAUAGCGAAGGUUCUUGGGACAGAAGACCUCUAUGACUAUAUUGACAAAUACAACAUUGAGCUUGAGCCUCGAUUUAAUGACAUUCUGGGAAGACAUUCCCGUAAGCGGUGGGAGCGCUUUGUCCACAGUGAGAACCAGCACUUGGUGAGCCCAGAGGCGUUGGAUUUCUUGGAUAAGUUGCUGCGCUAUGAUCACCAGGCUCGCCUAACAGCCCGAGAAGCCAUGGACCAUCCCUACUUUUUUCCUGUUGUAAAAGAUCAGUCUCGUGUGGUCGGAUCAGUCAACCAGCCCAGUGGGAAUCCUGCUGUUAGUACAGCCAGCAUGAUUACAGGAAUCUCUGCCUUGCCUGCAUCCACUGCCCUGGGACCCCUGAGUGGCUCACCUGUCCUGUCUGCUGCCACGAACGCCCUGAGCACCCAAGUGCCCGCUGUAGCUGGGCCCCCUCAGUGACCUCCCAUCCUCUCCAAGGAUGGCCUGCACCCUGCCACUUCCCACCGCCAGCCUCAACUUUGAGACUAAAUAGAACAACAGUCUGCUGUAGCUGCUCUGUACCAGACCAAUUGGCUGGAUCACAGAGGGCUGUUUAGACUUCCUCUCGCGCCAGGACUACUACCUGAAAUUCACAUGAAUGUACACUGUAAAAUACAUGUGUUUCUUCAGUUGCUUUGGUGAAACUGGGAAGUAUGGGUAGUUGUGCCCAGUCUGGUCUGUGAAAGAACUCUAUUCCUGAGAGGUCAAGACUUACAUUUUACCCUACAGAACCAAACCAAGGGCAUAGGUUAGUGUUAUGAGAUUUUUCUUUUUUGGAUUGUAUUCUCCCAACCCUAGACAGAUGUGAAUACUUAAACUUAACAUCAUAUGCGGUUUUAAGUGACAUAAGAUGGCUCCAGUAUUACCAAAGGCUUAUUCUCGGGAAUAACAGACUGAUCUUUCUUUGUGUUCCAUACAAACUGUCUCAUUGCAAGGCCAUUAGCUACUAUUUUGUAAUGAACCAUAUUCUAAUGUGUUCCUUGCCUACACUAAAAGAAACUACAUAUGUCUGUCAAAUUAUAAAUUAUGGAUAUCACUCAAAUCUCACAUCCUGUCUGGUUUAGUUGACGUAUCUUCCAGGUGUGAGACCGUGAUAUGUUUGGGCAUAGCUAACUUAAUUUACAAUUCUGAUCAUCAUAAAUCAUAAAUACACAAAAAAUAUUUUUAUUAGGAAAACUAUAAGCCUUUAAGGUGUUGAACUGUUGCAAUGAAAAAUAGACUUGAGCUAAAAAAAAAAAAAAGUGCUGUAAUUGUAACAUACAAUUAUGAAAUGAGUUACCAAGAACUAUUGCCAAUGUGACUACUUUUUUUUUUUUUUCUGGAGACUCAGUAUCAACCUCAAACCUUCCAUACAGCUUGAAGGAAAGGGCUUCAUUAAUAAUUUACCAACCUUUGAAUUACUUUUGGGUUCAUACCUGAUUAUGGUCAUGAUUGAUUGCUAGCUGCUGUGUUCAUGUCAAACAGGUGAAAAAUGCAAAGGUGCCACAAAGUAAGUGAAAGCCGUACUGUACAUAUACCUGUAUUUUUUUAAGUGUGAAAUGGCAUAUAAAACAAUAUAUCGAUGCUUAAAAGUAUGAAAGUCUUGACAUCUCUGUAUAUAUUUUUAUGUGUGUAUGUGAAGAACAAGUGUUUAAAAGUAUUUGUAAAUAAAUGUUUUAUUUAUCAGA